UAAAGCUCGUUACAAAUUGCAUUCCUGGAGAUAUUUUUGUUGACAAAAAUGUAGCGGGUGUUUAAAAAUGUUUUCAGUUUAUAGACUAAAUGAGAAAUAUGUGUGCUUUGCUUGAUGGUGUUUAAACAUGAUAAUUCUUCAUAGACAACUGCUUAAAGUCUGGGAGAGCAUAAUGCCUGAAAGAGCCAUUUCCCCAACAGUGCACCCUUCCGAAUUUUCUUAGUUCAAAAGAGUUCAUUCAACGGGUUCAACAAAGCAUUGAAAAUGGAAGAGAUGCUUGAAUUGCUGUCAACAACAGAUGCAGCAGUAAAAGCGUUAGACAAAUCUAAUAGAUCACAAGCAUCUUCAUGCAGCAGAUCUUCCUCUGGGUCCAAGAAGAAAAGUUUUACAGAAAUCCCAGAUAGUGGGAUAGGUAAAACAGAAGACAAAUCUCCUAGAACUUUCCCAUCUCAUUCUAAAGAGGUAGAUGAGUUAGAUAUUUCUCAACAUAGUUCAGACGUCAGUACUACUGCCAGUGAUGUACUGAUAAGAUCUACGACCGCUGCACGUGGGGAGAGGAGUGUGUUAGAUGACAAGAGCUUUCAGAGUGUGGAUAACACAAGUAACAUCUCAAAGUGUUCCAAAUAUUCAUUUGGCAAGGAGAAUUUCAAUAGUUCUGGGCCUGUGAAAGUUAAAGUCUCAUCGAAACUGCUGAGGGAAAUCAAAUCUCCUUAUGAAAGUCCACGGGAGGAAGUAAAUGAAGGAAUUGAAUCCCCCAAAAUUCAGAAUGGACAACCAGAAGGAGCCAUUAUUAAAAAACAGAAUACAAGCAGAGAUGCACAUGAACUUUCAACUGGGUCCCAAUCAAGUUCCAGAGGGGGAGACAACCCAGGAGUAGCAAAACAUUUUAGUCGACCAAACUCAGCAACAUCAAAGUCUUCCACUGGAAGUAAGUCAGGAUCUGUGAUUAAAGGACCAACCUCAAAACCAGUUCAAGACUCAAAAACAGGUGGGCAGCAAGUUUCCUCCAAACCUGUAAGUAACAACCGUAAGGACAUUAUAACUCUACAGAGCACCCCACAAGGCAAACAGUCCAGCAAGCCAAAGAGGGAUAGUACAGGUACCCCAGAAAAACCACAGAAAAAGGGAGGAUUCCCACAACCAGCCUUUGUAGAAAGACACACUCCGGAGAAAGUUCUUAGAGACAUGAGAGCAUUGAAGGAUCAUGAUGACAAAGGCAGCUACUUAGAUGACUUUAUCAAAGAGCAAGCAGAGAGUCAAGAUAUGGUGCCUGAAAAAUUAGUUACAGAGUCAGUAGAGACCAGCAUUCAUAGUGCUACCAGCAGUCAACCAGAGAUAGUGACUGUGCCAGAGAGGAUUGUCACGGUCUCCACCCGGAGUUCCCUCUCCUCAGACAACUCUCUCAGUGACUCAGGCCAGAUACUCACCAUUCAGGAGAAGCUGGUCACAAUAUCAGCACCCCUAUCCAUGGAGGAGGAGUCCACAGCCAGUCAGGAGGAAGACGAGAAAAUUCCACCCAGACUGCCAGAUAAGUUCAUUCAUUACACAACAAAGCAUCACAGUAAUGGAUUGAAGCAGGGAUCUGAGAGCAGUGGAACAUCCGUGGUGGAUCAUCCGUCAGAUUCUGGAGAAAUUCAUGUGGAAAAAUUCCACCUGUCAGAGAAACAACGGCUGAUGAAAGAAAAUUUUACAAAGAGAUUACAAGGGGGGCCUAAGAAAAGGGUGGUUCAGCCCAGACUUAUAGGUCCAGCUGCCAAGACUUCGAAGAAGGAAUCCAACAGUGUGAGCGAUCAAACCACAGAGUCCCUGACUGCUGCUGUGGCUGCUAGUGCGGCGAGUGCUGCCAUUGCCGCCACACAACCAUUCCUCAAGGCACAACAGGAGAUGGCUAAUAUUCUGAAUCGAAUUGCCGGUCUCCAGUCUGGUGUUGCCCCACCACUGAAGGGGGAGUCGAAGUCUGAAAGAGUGGUUGAGCUAGAGAAACAGCUGGCAUCAGUCACAGAAAAGAGAAUACAGCACCUGGAGAGGUUAGAGGAACACCAGGUGGCCAUGCAGGCAAAGUUAUUAUCACUAUCAAGAACGCCCCAAAACAGAGGGGAAGUACCUCGGCCGAAAUCUCCCACAAUCCGCUCUCCUUCAAGGAGCCCCCCAGUGCAGAGAAAGAGAGAGUUUCCCCCAAGACCUAUAACAAAGAUGACCGUCCCAAAACCGGGCCACAGUGACUACAACCAGGAACUGUUCCAGGACCAUCAAUCUCCAGAGACCCCCAAACCACGGGGCAACCCCCCAAAACCACUGUCAUUUGAAUUCAAAAACAAGAAACAGCAAUCAACUCGAGGAAUUUUGGAGGAAAUUCUGGCUGCUGAUGGAUCCCCUCGCAGGGAUGUGCCGGAGCCCACAAAGUACCAGGAUAAAGACAAACUGAGAGGAGAGUGUGUUGAGAAGUCACCGGCUGUAAAAAGGGCCGAAAAACUGGUUCAUCAGAUUGAAGAUGUCAAAGAGAAGCUGCAACAUGAUCUUGCUGAUGCAGAGAACAUGGAGAAAGAUUUGGAGGAAAAGAAGCUCAAGGAUAUAGAAUAUGAAAAAAAGCUGAUGGAAAAGCUACAUGGUCCCUCCCCUCUGGAUCCUUAUUUGCUUCCCUCCAAUAAGGAUCUAAGGAGUCCCUACAAGAUGAUUCCAGGUCAGAGUAAACAUGGUACCACAAUUCCCUCCAGCUUCUCAGAUGCUGCCCUGACCCUUCAACAGGUCAAAGAGAACAGGGCCAUCCUGGAGGCGAACCUGGAGGCCGUAUUCAGGGCCAGGCAGGAGGCAGAAGUCUUCUCCAUCAUGGAGAAUCUCUAUCAGGAGGGAAAUAAUUCUGAUUUACUGAAAAUCAGAAAGAUGGUGGAUAAAAAGAUAUCUCUUCUACGAUCCCAAGUUGAGAGGGAAGUAACAGAUGAUGUGAUAUUAGCUGAGCUGCAGAAAAAAGAUGCCCCAGUUCUUAUAAAGCCUGCCCAGUCAGGUCUGACUAAGCCUGCCCCAUAUGCCCAGAGGGCCACAGCAAGGGCCAGAGCAGGGGCAAAAAUUGACACUGGGCUCAGCAGGAUGAAGGGACCAAGCUUUGGACCUCCGCCCAGCAAAACUUUGAAAGGGAAAGAAAACAAGCCAUCUACUGCAACCGCUGCAAUACACAAACCACCUGCUGCAAAGCAGCCUAAGAUUCGACCUGUGGUAGAGGAUGAGAACUACAUGACCAAGGUUUAUGGGAAGGCUUCCUAUCAAAACAAGAGAACCACAGUCAAAGACCCCUACCUUCACUACCAGAACGUACCCAAACCAAAGCCCGACAGGCCGGCAGGUGCCCCUGACAUGUCCACGGCUCGUUUGGUGAAAUCAUCAAAGACUCAGACUGCCUCAGGAAUAAAGCAGUUUUACUUCAGCCCUACACACGGCACUUAUAUCCCUGUCACAUCAGCACAACACGCCCCAAUCCAAGGACAGUUAGUGCCCAUGGCAGUACCCCUUGGAGACCCCAGGAUGGAAACAGGACUUACCUACUCUGCUUCACCCCCUCCUGGGCCCCUCACUACCUCCACACCAGCCUCUCAGCAUCCCAUGUCGGCCCUCAAGAAUGUGGCCAUGAUCUCUGUCCCUGUUGAAGAUGACCUCAGAAGACGACCCGAACCAGAACUUGGGAAACAGGUUUUACCAAGUGUGGAUAUUGACAGCAAUUUAUCAGAGGCUUCACCAAUCCCGAAAUCCCGUUCAAGAUCCAGGUCCCCCGAGAAGCCCAGAUCUCUUACCCCAGAGAGAGAUGUCAUGAGUCGGGCCUCUACACAACAUGGGGAGGUACAAAUGCAGUCUCCUCAAAAGUCUCCCAGCAAGAGCAGGCUAGAGGUCACCUUUCACAGAGAGGAGGAUGAGGAAACUCUGACUGAUGUUUCUGGUGAUCUGAACCCGGAGGAUGCCCCAGGGAUUGCCCUGCCUGGGUAUCAUCCUCCAUCCCCACCCCCAGUGGAGGACAGACAGCCAGUGUUUCCCCAACAGAGGCUACUGGACCACAUGCACCCAGUUGUGUCUGAUGUGUUAGCAGAAGACAUUCGAAGACGAGAUGAUAUAGAGAAGAGAGCGGAAGAAUGGUUACAGCAGGAGCUGCUGGCUAAGAUGAUUUCUGAAAUCUGUCCCACUGAGGCAGAAGAAGAACCUGCUUCAGGUCUUCCACACUUUGUGGAUGAAGACUCCAUACAAAGUGAGGUGGAAGAUAAAGAACAGUCAAUGUUUGUAAUGGACUCUAUUGGAAGAGCUGGGAUGCAGUUGUUUGUGGAUGCUGGUCAGGCUGUUGACAGUGACCUUGUGAAUGGCCUGAUCCGGGAGGUCUUAGUGGAGAAGGUCGUGACCUUGCUAGGUCAGCGACCUUCAGAUGAGGAGCAGGCUGCUGAGCAGAGAGCAGUCCCCAAAUUGUCAGCUGGGGUCGAUGAGGACAAGAUGGGAACCACUGAACCAUCCCCAAGGGAGUAUCUGUACAGUCCAGAUCAGAUAGAGACCCCACAGCCCACCCCUAAAGCUACCCCCAUAGCUUCCCCGGUGAGGGUUGUAUCCCCACCGGUCACUCCAGAAUUAUCCCCAUUACAGUCUCCCAGACGAGAGGUGAGGAAAGUGGAGCCACCUCCAGAAUUCACGAGGCCACCACCCCAGCCAGAGCCUGAGUCUGAGGCAUCCGAGUCCCUGGAUCUCAGUGAAGAGCUACGAAUUCUCCAACAGAAAUUGGUGUUACCUGUGACAACACAGUCGUUAGAUGAGGUACAUGACAUUGAGACACCUGUGCCCACACCUGUCCCAGAAGAACCCCCACAGGAACUGCUCCCAAUGUCCCCACCCCCACCCACCCCACGACCGGUGGAGUCUCCACCAAAGGUUUUGGAACCCCCACCUCAGGUCGAAGUGAAGAAAGUUGAGCCUCCACCUGUCCAGGAAGUGACUGUUAGUAAAGAACCAGUGAAGGUUACAGAGGAAUCAGGUCAGAGUCCGGAGCCUUGGGGAGACCCAGGGUCGCCCCGCCCAGAGGAAAACCCCGAGUACAGGGACCCAAUGGAGCCUGACCAACCAGAACCAAUGAUUCUGCCACCGACAGAGACCAUUAAGGAAGAGAGGCGAUCUCCCUCCCCCAAGAGACAGAAAUCUCCAGUUCGCGAGCCAAGCCCCGCGCCCUCUCUGCCAGAGAGUGUUUCGGAGUCCUCUGUUUCUGACACAAUCAACCAGAGUGUGUCCGAGGGUCAGUGGCUCCUCAACAAGAGUGAAGGGGAGGUGGCUGACUUCCCCAUUGAUGAAGUAACAAGACAGAGAGCAUUGGAAAAGGCACUACGACUGAGGGCAGAACAAAGCAUGGCCAGCACACUCAAAGAUACAUCAGAAAUCCCGGAUGAGUCCACCGAGUUUCCGAUCAGUGAGGGAGAGUUCCAGUAUAACCCAGCUAUCCCCCCAGAGAAGGACCCGGUCCUACUGCUGCUGUCUAGACUCCAGCACGGACCCAUCCACCCCGGGCAGCUGGACAUGACGUCCGCCCAGGUGUCCGAUCUACUGGACCAUACAGGAGACCUAAGUGUUAGCCAUCUUAGAGCCUCUGUGGAUAGAAGUGUAGGGGAAAUUAGGCCAAAGAAGCACCGCACGCAGCAUGCCUCUCCAGAGAGGGAUUAUGGGAGAUACGACUAUGGCCGACACCUGAGAUCUCCCUCCCCUGACCAGGGGAGACAGUCACCCAGCAGGGGGAGGGUGUCCCCAGGGUAUUACGAUUCCCCCGGGAGAAAGUCCCCUCAACCUCAGUAUGAAUAUGAUGAAAAUGGCCGUAGAUCUCCCAGCAAAGGUAGGGCAUCUCCUAAUGGAAGAGUCGACAGAUAUGAUAGACCUCCCAGUCGCGGAAAAGAGUCCCAAUACAGAGAUGCUCCGAACAGACAAUACACCCCCGAGAGGGAUGGAAGAGAUUCUCCAGAGAGAGAUCGACGAGAUGGAAGGUACUCUCCCCAGAGGGAUCCUCGAGAUGGGAGAUAUUCUCCACAAAGAGACGCAAGAGAUGGGCGUAAAUCUCCACACCGAGAUUCACAAGGAAGACGCUCCCCUCAGAGAUCCAGUGUAGAAAAUGGAAGAACUUCUCCACUGAGAGUAUCUUAUGAAAUGGAUCUGGAAGACAGAGAUGCUGAUAGAUAUAUUAUAGAAACUUCUACUAUGACUAAGAAGACAACCAGAACCACUCAUGGCACCCCCAGCCGAAGAACCCCAACCAGAUCCUCCACCCCAGGGGGAGUGUCCUUAGGGGGCAGCCUCACCAGCGGAAGGAAAUCGCCAAUAAAGUCAGCCCUCAAAAAGCCUCCUCAAGCCACCAAGUCACCAGGGUUACCUGACAAGUCGGUCACCAUGACAGGACCAAGGACCUACCCACUGCCAGGGUCUGAGGACCCAAGGACUUCGCAGAGUAUGAGUGAGAGAGGAACUCGAGCCUUCACCCCUGAUCAGAUGAACAUGGAGGAACUGUUACAGUCCGGCUACCUGUCCCAAACAUUCAGUCAGUCCUCCACUGGAAGAGUUCCCUCCCCUGAGUACCGACAGCGACAACUCAGCCCGACUCGACUCGGCAAGGAGAAGAAGUCCGUAGGAAUGACUUACUCAUUUGAGUCGGAAGGAGGUGCUGCAGACUCGUUUAGUGAGUCAGAACUCAGAAGACUGGCAGACUCGGAUUCUUUGAAGAUGUCCGUGACUUUGCCAUCAAUGGACGAUUCUGAAUUUCUGUAGACGUGUCAUAUAUAUUAGAAACUGAUAAAUGCAUUUUAUUAGAGUUAAGAUCUGAGUUUAGAAUUAAUAUAUGGAUUGCUAGGAGUCUCAAUUUAUUGAUGUAUAUUUCUUUUUUUAUUUCUUUUCUCUAUUUUAUCUGUAUAAUGCUAUAUUAAGAAUAUACAUGUGAAAUUAAUUUUGAUCUGAUUGUAAUUACUAAGCAUAUUUAGUUGUAUAUUUGUAUAAGAGUCUCAAAAAUUAUUUUUUUCUUGUGUUUAGACAAAGUUUGAAGCUGUUGUUGAUUCCUUUUCUAAAAUAGAGUAAGAAAAUGAUGCUAGCAUGUAGAGGAGAUCUGAUAUAUCAUGUACGUGUACAUUCUCUGUUUUCUGUGAUACAAGCUUCUCUAUUUAGAUGCUGUCCGUCCAGGUUGUUUUACAAAUGAAAGGGGAGUUCUAAUUAAUGAAUUUGUAAGAUACAUUAUAUUUAAAUUAUAAAAGAUAUGAGAACAUGGAUGAUAUCAUCUUCAUAAGGUAAGGGUCAGAUUUGUUUAUUCUAUAUGACUGGUGUGGAUGGGUUGAUAUUUACUCUCUGUGUAUUCAUGUCAUAUAUUCUGUAUGGUACAGCUAGUUAUUCAAUAGUGGUUUAGAGAAUAAAUGUCAUUCAACCAA